AUGAAUAAAAAUUUCCGCCAAAUACUACCUGCAGCAGGAAGAGUUGACAGAGGGCCGCCAGUCGGGUCGACAGGCAACCAACAGACGAGGAAGCCACGAUCGCUGGCAUGCGAAUCUUGUCGCAUAAGCAAAAUAAAGUGCACCAGUGAGAAACCAUCAUGUAAGGCGUGCCUUGAACGCAAAACGGUUUGCCGAUACAUCGAAACAGAAUCACGUCAAGCCAAGCGAAAGUACGAAGAUCUGCGAAAGAAACAGUCCGCACACGAAGAGCUGUUCGGGCUCAUCCAAACACUAUCUGAGCAGGAUGCAUUUGAUCUUUUCAAACGAGUAAGGGCUGGAGGAGACGUUGGCGCCAUCUUGGAUCACGUUAGAGACGGCGAUUUGCUGUUGCAAAUGCAACUUGUACCAGAAACCAGACUCCGAUAUGAGCUUCCUUACACUCGCGAUAUUCCAGCAUUGCUACUGAAAUCUGGGAGCCCUUACCUCGGCUCAUUGGUCUACGAAGCUGUUUCACAGCGUGCCUUGUCCUCAAAGGUGCAUGGGCCUACAAAUACAGAGCCUCAACAGUCUGUAGUUCCGGCAAGAGCUACGCAGACGUAUCAGGACAUGUACGUCAAGCCAUAUCAUGCAGCAAUAUUUGUCGAGCCCCGCCUCGAGAACACAAGAAUUUCGGAGUGGACUACCGUUUGUGGAGAUGAAGGACUUAUGCGAAAGCUGCUGGAUGCAUAUUUUACACAUGAAUACCAUCUCUGGCCAGUGUUUCACAAGGACUAUUUUUUAGAGGAUUUAUCAAGUGUUAAGUCGCUCAAUGCGAAGACAUCCAGCAGUUUCGCAUCGCUGGUGAAUGCCACGCUAGCAUAUGCAUGCUGCUGCUACAAGAAUAUUUCGAAUCGCUUUCGCCAUUGGGAACCCGACGGCCUUGGAUACCGUUUCUUCGCUGAAGCAAGGAGGAUUUGGGAAAUGCUCGCUGUUAGCGGCAAAAAUCGUAAUCUUGCGUCGGUCCAGGCUGCGAUGAUCAUCAACAGUGUUUACAAUAUCUAUGGCUUAGACAAGCUUGGAAGUGCCUACGGCUUGAGAGGGCUUGCUAUUGCUAGAGAGCUAAAGUUGUUCGAUGGAAAUGCACGGGUCAAGUCUGAGCGAAAACGCAACGCUAGGAACUUCUCUGCGUGGUGUCUCUUCAACAUUUAUAGUCAUAUUGCUUGGCAAUAUCUCCGCCCACCCGUUCUGGUUGAGCCACCCAAGGCUGCACUUCCCGAUCCUGCUACGAACUCAGCCUGGUACGGCGAGAUAUGGACCAGGUACCCUCUGAGCCAAACAUUGUCGCCGACACAUCAUGCACAUUACUUCAAAGCUAUAACUGACUUCAGAGUAAUCGUUUGUGAACUGUCGCAUGCGUCAUUUGGCAAUGAUUCACCACUUUCAGCACAGCAAGCGAUGAUAUUCGUGCGUCGGUUCUUGAGCUGGUUUAAGGCCCUCCCUACAGUUCUCGAACCAAAAAAUAUCGUACUCCCCGCUCACUUUCUUAUGCACCUCGACUAUCACAUUACCAUUAUGGCAAUUUGUCAGCCUUUUACUAGUGACCAGUGGAACGAUAAGUGUUCUCCCAAAGAUAUCGUUCUAAAUGCAAAGCGCGACAUCAAUGUCCUUGUACGACUCUACUAUAUUCGCCACGGCUUCAAAGCCGCACACGUAUACUUAACAUCCCCACUCUCAAAACUGGGCUUCAUGUCUCUGCAAAACCUCAACAACUCGACAACGCCGGAAGAACUUGAGCUCGACCGAUCGAGUCUUCUUCUGGCUCUCGAAGGCCUGCGCGAACAAGGCCGCAAUUACUACAUGACAAGGACAAUAUACCACAUCAUGAAAUCUCAGCUCCGACCGGAAGAAGCACGACUUCUCCAGGGCUUAGAGACGCCGGAAACGUCAGCUGAUGAGAGCCCCAGUCUGGUGGUUGAGACACAGUCAGAGUGGCAUCCCCGCAUCGUUGACAUCUCGGACGUCCCAGCCGAUGAGCAACUGUCAAAGCUAGCAACCCAGUAUCUGAAGCUUGAUUCAGAUGUGCAGAGUGACAGCGAGGUGGGCAGCAGUCCGGCUCCCUCAACGUAA